AAUACGUAAUUCAUUAACGAAAUUUUAAUAUUUUAUUUUUAUAAUAUUUUAUUAUGGAUGAUAAAGAUAUCCAUCGAUUAGAAGCCUCAGAAAAUAUUCAAGGUGGUUUAGUGAUAACGAAAAAGAAGCCUGAUACAUUUAAAGUGCCCCAAGUUUCAAAAUUAGGUUUAGAUAAACUCGCUGCUAGUAAGAGGCUAGAAAAAGAAUUACGAUCUCGAUUAUCAUUUGAUGAGCGAGAUAAAGAUGACGAAGAAGCCACCGGCUCUAAUUCUGCAAAAGACAAUAAAGAACAGUCUAAAUUAUCCAAAAAUUUUAGACAACCUCAUAUAGAAACUCCAACGCACACAGGGGGUCUAUCAGACAAGGCCAGAGAAAAGUUAGAACACCAUAAAUAUAAUGACAGAAGCCACAAAGGAGUGUAUGCUUCAACCAAGGAUAAAGAUAAAAAUCGAGAUAGAGACAGGAGUAAAGACCGAGAUAGAGACAGAUAUAGUUCACGACAUAGAGAUUAUGAUAGACGUAGUUAUGAUAGAAAACGAGAUGAUAGAUCAACAAGGAAACGUGAUAGAGACUAUUCCAGUCGGAGUGAAGGCACACCUAGAUUCAGAGAUGAACCAAGAACACCAAAUAUCUACCCCGAAAAGGACAGACCUGGUAAAAGUUCUUGGGAAGAUGAUGAUGAAAAGGUACCACUACAAAGAUCAUCCUGGGAUUUACCUACACCUAAAGUGCAUAUUGAACAAACAAAUUUGGAUAGUGUAAGAAGUAGUAAAAGAAGAAACUAUAAUGAGACACCUAGGCCCACACCGGCACACAGGUAUAAUACAUGGGCUGCAGAGCGUAAACGUUCAGGUGCCACUCCUAUGGUUGAUAAUUCUCCAGAAAAACCUUGGAAAACUGAAGAAGAUAAAGAUUUAUGGGAAGAAGAACAACGUAGACUUGAUCGUGAAUGGUAUAACAUUGAUGAAGGGUUUGAUGAAGAAAGGAAUCCUUUUGGAAGUUCUGAUUAUACAAAUCGUAAGGAACAACAAAUGGAGAAGAAAAGAAGAAUGACUGCUAGACAAAGACAAAUUAAUCGAGAUAAUGAGUUGUGGGAACGUAAUCGUAUGUUAACUUCUGGUGUUGUUAUGACCACUAAUGUAAAUGAAGAUUUCGAUGAGGAAACCAUAGACAGAGUCCAUUUAUUAGUGCAUCAUAUAGUGCCUCCAUUUUUGGAUGGAAGAAUGGUUUUUACAAGGCAGCCAGAUCCAGUUGUGCCUGUUAGAGAUCCUGGGUCAGACAUGGCACUCACAGCUCGCAAGGGCAGUGCUUUAGUAAGGGUAUAUCGAGAACAAAAAGAGCGAAGAAAAGCCCAGAAAAAACAUUGGGAACUCGGUGGAACCACAAUAGGUAAUAUUAUGGGUAUCAAAAAGGAAGAAGAAGAAGCUGAUUCAAAAUUAGAUGCUGAAACCGAUACUGCCGAUUAUCGGAGUGAUCAGAAAUUUGCUGAACACAUGAAAGAUCAAAAAGAUACUGGAAAAAGUCAUUUUUCUAAAUCUAAAACUAUUAUUCAACAGAGAAGAUAUUUGCCAGUUUUUGCUGUCAGACAAGAAUUAUUGAAUAUAAUUAGGGAGAAUAAUGUUGUGAUUAUUGUUGGUGAAACUGGUAGUGGAAAAACAACUCAAUUAACUCAGUAUUUACAUGAAGAGGGUUACAGUAGAUUAGGCAUGAUAGGUUGUACACAACCUAGACGUGUUGCUGCUAUGUCUGUUGCCAAACGUGUCUCUGAUGAAAUGGGAACUCAACUAGGUGAUGAAGUAGGUUACGCAAUUCGAUUUGAAGAUUGCACAUCAGAGAAAACAAUAAUAAAAUACAUGACUGACGGUAUUUUAUUGAGGGAGAGUUUAAGAGAAAGUGAUCUUGAUAAUUAUUCUGCAAUUAUUAUGGAUGAAGCUCAUGAAAGAUCUUUGUCUACAGAUGUGCUGUUUGGACUACUAUAUAGCAGAGAAGUUGUAGCUCGAAGACAGGAUCUCAAAUUGGUAGUGACAUCCGCUACAAUGGACUCCUCUAAAUUCGCUUCCUUCUUCGGGAACGUGCCGACGUUUACAAUACCCGGAAGGACUUUCCCGGUUGAGACUUUCUUCAGCAAGAAUCACGUAGAAGAUUAUGUGGAUGGCGCAGUCAAACAAGCUUUGCAAAUUCAUUUGCAACCGACUGAAGGGGAUAUAUUAAUAUUCAUGCCUGGUCAGGAAGAUAUCGAAGUUACUUGUGAGGUCCUUGCCGAGAGAUUAGCAGAAAUUGAUAGUGCACCUCAGCUUUCUGUCCUACCUAUUUAUUCCCAGUUACCAUCUGAUUUACAAGCCAAGAUUUUCCAACGAUCUCCAGAAGGACUUAGAAAAUGUGUGGUUGCAACGAAUAUCGCUGAAACAUCUCUUACAGUAGACGGGAUUAUUUUUGUUAUAGAUGCUGGGUAUUGCAAGUUGAAAGUGUACAAUCCUCGUAUUGGUAUGGACGCCUUGCAAAUUUAUCCUAUAAGUCAGGCCAAUGCCAAUCAAAGAUCCGGAAGAGCAGGAAGAACAGGUCCUGGUCAAGCAUUCAGGUUGUAUACGGAAAGGCAGUACAAGGAAGAACUUUUAGUUUCAACAGUUCCUGAAAUUCAGAGAACUAAUUUAGCAAAUACUGUAUUGUUAUUGAAAUCUCUGGGUGUUCAAGAUUUGUUACAGUUCCAUUUUAUGGACCCACCUCCUCAAGAUAAUAUUUUGAAUUCAUUAUAUCAGCUUUGGAUCUUGGGAGCUUUAGAUCAUACUGGAGCAUUGACUCCUCUUGGAAGGCAAAUGGCAGAGUUUCCUCUCGACCCUCCCCAGUGCCAAAUGUUGAUUGUGGCUUGCCAAAUGGGUUGCAGUGCUGACGUUCUAAUUAUUGUAUCCAUGCUGUCCGUACCUACAAUUUUCUACAGACCUAAAGGAAGAGAAGAAGAAGCGGAUGGUGUCAGAGAAAAAUUCCAAGUUCCAGAAUCAGAUCACUUAACUUUCCUAAAUGUUUAUAACCAGUGGAAACAGAAUAAGUAUUCAGCACAUUGGUGCAAUGAUCAUUUCAUUCAUAUCAAAGCAAUGAGGAAGGUGCGAGAAGUUCGUCAACAACUUAAAGAUAUCAUGCUGCAGCAGAAGCUACCUAUUGAGUCUUGUGGUACAGAUUGGGACAUUGUUCGAAAAUGUAUUUGUUCAGCUUAUUUCUAUCAAGCAGCUCGAUUGAAAGGAAUAGGAGAAUAUGUAAAUUUAAGAACAGGCAUGCCUUGUCAUUUGCAUCCAACUUCUGCUCUCUCAGGAUUGGGGUCCAGUCCUGAAUAUGUAGUUUACCACGAGUUGCUGAUGACGGCAAAAGAAUACAUGCAGUGUGUGACGGCUGUAGAUGGACAUUGGUUGGCUGAAUUGGGUCCUAUGUUCUUCUCAGUUAAAGAAACUGGCAGAUCUGGUAAAGAGAAAAAGAAACAAGCAAUGGAACAUUUGCAAGAAAUGGAAGAACAAAUGCAAAAAGCUCAAGUUCAAUUGCAAGAACAGAAAGAGCAAGCAACACAGAGAGAACUGGCAAUGUCUUUGAAAAGAGAAAUUUUAACGCCGGGAUCGGAUACACCAAGGAGAACGCCGAGUCGAAUUGGUUUAUGAGCUAGAUAUUUAUUUUAACAAAGUAUAUUGUAUGUAAAUAAUA